AUGGAGGGAGGAGCACCUUGUGGAGCUUGCAAGUUUCUCAGAAGGAAGUGUGUGAAAGGAUGUGUGUUUUCCCCUUAUUUUUCCACUGAGGAAUUCGGUGCAGCUCAUUUUGGUGCAAUCCAUAAGAUUUUUGGUGCAAGUAAUUUUUCAAAGUUGUUGCAGCGUAUUCCAUCAGAAGAAGAACGAUAUGAUGCAGUUGUGAGCAUAUCGUAUGAAGCCCAGGCUCGCCUCCAUGACCCUAUUUAUGGCUGUGUUUCACACAUCUUCGCCCUUCAACACCAGGUUGCACAUUUACAGGCCCAACUAAGCUUUGCCAACGAAAGGCUGGCUCGUUACCCGGGCAAGAUAACAUUGAAUACCCAGUCCCACAAUCUAAGCCAGAAGGAAGGUGAAAUAGCAAGUGCAUCAUCCAUUACCAGUCCUCCAAAUGACCCACAGUUCAGCUAUCCAAAUGCAGGCAACAAAAUUCCAUUUUACCCUAACAUUACAAAGGAUUGUAAUUCAUGUGUUCCCAUGAACGUGGACUCGUCCGAAGAGUUCCCAUCUGCAUCACAACAAAUGGAUGCUUUUGAAGAGGACAGAAACUCAACUGAGUGGUGCACAUUGACAGGUAAAAUACACCAGAAAACUGGGAAUUUGUCCAGAGGUAGACUGAGAAGAUCGUUCAAGUCACAUAGGCAGCAGUUUAGAUAUUAUAGAAUAUCAGAGAGCCCAUAUUUAGGGUUGGUAUCUGUCUCACUUUUUGAGAUAGGUUUGAACAGUAAAGAGGCUAUUGCUAGGCAUGGGAUGAAGUCAACGCUUGAUAUCCAUGAGUCCCAGAUAGAUAGAAUCCGAUGGUAUUGA